AUGGGAGUUCCAAAGACGUCACUUAUACCAUGGGAUCCUUUGAACGCUGAUCAUUUUCAGCGGAUGGUUGCAUGCGGCUCGCGAUGCGAGGAGAUUCCAGAAUGGAGAAGUAAAACCAUUAUGAACCAAAAAAUAAAUUCGGGUCCAGAUGCUGACGUUUGGAAGACACUCGCCGAUGACAUCCCCCAGCGAGACGACCUGCUUGCAGAGCAUACUAGUCAGUACCCGAAUGAGUCUGUUGAGCUGACAGAUACGGCGAGUGCGGUUCUCCAAACAUCUCGCAAACCAACACACCGACCCUUCAUCCCCGUCGGCCAUAUUGCCCUUGAGCUGCUCCCCGAGCAAAACAAGCGGUCAAGUCUAUCAUCUCCCACAAUUUGGGUGAUGUCUCUAUAUGUCUCAUGGGCUCUCCAAAGUGCUGGCCUUGGCCGCAGUGCAAUGGCCCAGAUCGAGGAUCUCGCUAAAUUCCCGCCAUUCAAUCAUGACACGAUCGCGCUUGACACGGUGCAGAAAGACUUUCAGUUGUCACAGAAUAAGUUUGGGAAAACCCCUCAUACACCUAGCAAAGGGAUCCGCACAAGCGAGGAAUGGUACACACGUCAAGGAUACCAGGCCAUCGCAAGAGUAGAUAGAGGAUAUAUUUGGAUGGACCCUGAAACGCAAGGGCAUGUACCAGUGCCACUGGUGUAUAUGAUUAAGAAGCUUGUCUAG